AUUCACAUCAAAACUGUCAGACGAAGUAUUUGAAAUGCAACGUUACCACAUAUAUUUAGUAAUUUAUUGAACAUUCCACCGAUAUUGUCAACAAAAACUUACAAUUUCAUCGUUAUUAAUUUACGUAAUUAUGUUAGAAGGUAUUUACGACGUAGACGAGAUUAAAAUCCUCGAUGGGGGUUUUGGAACCCAAAUUGCAAAACACAUCGAUAAAUCUCUUGAUGAUGAUGCCUUGUGGAGUGCCCGCUUAUUGACUACAAAUAAAGAAGCGGUUAUUGAAACACACCUUGAUUUCUUACGUGCUGGAUCAAAUAUAAUUGGAACUAAUACUUAUCAAGCUAGUGUUGAAGGAUUUAAGAACCAUUUGAAAUUAUCUAAAGAAGAAAGUCUUAAUUUAAUAAGAGAGGCUGUUGGACUUGCCAAGACUGCUAGGGAUAAUUAUAUUUUAGAAAACCCUUAUUGUAAAUUACCUUUAAUAGCUGGGUCUGUUGGACCUUAUGGAGCUUCGCUACAUGAUGGAUCUGAAUAUACAGGAACUUAUCGUGAUACAAUAAGUAAAGAGAUCUUAAAAGAGUACCAUAAUGGUAGAAUAGAAGCUUUAAUUGAUGGUGGUGUAGAUUUAUUAGCUUUUGAAACUAUACCUUGUAAAAUUGAAGCUGAAGUGCUUUUAGAGCUUUUAAAAGAAUAUCCAGAUAUAAAAGCUUGGUUAUCUUUUAAUUGCAAGAAUGGAACUUGUUUAGCUUCAGGUGAAAAUUUUAAAGAAACCGUAUUAUACUGCUAUAAUUUAAAUCCCGAUCAAUUAGUAGCUAUAGGAACUAAUUGCGUUUCUCCUGUAUUUGUUGAAGAACUUUUAAGUGAGGUUCACAGUGAUAAAAGUAUCGCAAUUCCCUUAAUCGUUUAUGCAAAUAGUGGUGAAGAUUAUUCCAAAGAGAAAGGGUGGUUUGGGCGUGAAAAUUGUUUAAAACCAGCUGAUUAUGUCUCGAAAUGGUUAGAUUUGGGUGUGAAGUGGAUUGGUGGUUGUUGUAGGGUGUAUGAUUCUGAUAUUUCUGCUAUUCGAGUUGAAGUUGAGAAAUAUUCCAAAAAGAAAUGAAUUUUUUUAUUGCUCUAUAUAUUAAUAGUAUAUUUUUAUUCUACAAUAAAGUUUAUUUUG